GACGCAGGGAGCGUUCUUCUUAUACCUGAAGACGCGAAGAGCGCGAAGAUUCCGCUCCGCCACUACAAAACGUAAACCCGGUAGUGGGGAACUCCGCAUAAGAACGGGACAACCUUAAGAAAAGCCUUCAUUCUGAUAGCCGUUGGUAUUCCAUCCAGUGGAGAUGAAUAUUUUUAUUUCAAAUGUUUCAAUAUUUUCUGCAUCACCAAUAAAACAAUCCCAUGAAAUCAACAUUGCGAAUAGUUGAGAAAUAUUAUACUUUAUUUAUCUGUGAUUUUUUACUCCGUGAUAAUUUUAUUUUUGGUUUUUUAUUAAAUUUGUGAGAGAUAUUCCAUCGACACUGUGGUGAUCGUUCUGUGAAUAAUAUAUUUUAUUGUGAACAUCGGACUGGAUGGAGGAGGACAACAGGGGGAUCCAAGGGACGUCUAUUGGAGUUUUCUGGGAUAAUAAGAUAACCACAAUGACGUCACUCCUCCUGCUGCUUCUCAUCGCAUCAUCAGUGACAUCAGCCCCAGCGCCCAGAAGUUCAAGGUCCGAGGAGUCGAAUGACGUGGAUUUACCAAAGAGGCGCAUGCAGUGGGACGAGAGCCCCAAAGAUCCUGGGGAAGAAGAACCAACGGACCCAAAAUCCCAACUCACAUCGGAUAAUUCUCACUCCCUGAAGAAGGGCCGAAUGCACAAGGCGUCCUUCCUGAAUUAUCCUUACGCGCCUGAAAUCAAUACAGGCGUGACGGUAUCGACCCCAGUGGAGGAGCACAACGACGUCACUGAGGAGCGAUCUCUGGGGAUGAGGAAGAAGUACAAGGACAGCAAGAUUUUCUACAUUCGUCUGCCUCCCUCGCCGUAUUUCUUCGUUCCCGGUUUGGGAUACAUCUCGAACCCCCCAAAAUUUACCGCGUCAUCACUGGGGCCUCAGGAGAAUUCCAACAGGUCCCAGCGACCUCAUCGUCCUCAAAAUUCCUUCAUCAAUUUGCCUGUGGAAUUUGUUAGCAAUGGAAAACCCACCGGUGUCUACCAGUACGAGAGCCCGAGGAAGCCGCCAAAACGGAAGGACACGAUUCUCUCGAAACUCCGCAAGGGGCCCUACCCCUUCAACGGACGACCCACGAGUCUCUAUCUCUUAGGGCCCAACGGAGAGGAAACCAGAAGACAGCCCAUUAUUUAUUCGGAUAUCAAUGGCAAUAAUAUUUAUUAAAUUUAGUAAUUCGUUGAUUAAUUUUCAAUUGCAUUUUACGAGGAGAGGACGUGAUAGCAAGACUUCUAAUGACUGACGAGAAAAUAUUUGAAGGUUCCAAUGCAGGCCUCAAGUUGUAAAUUUGCAAAAUUGCAACGAUUUGUCUCAGAUAUUAACGACUCUCGGGGCAUCACUCCAUCAACUGGGAUUGAAACCUUGAAAAUAGAUGAAAUAUCGUCGGUUCAUCCCAUAUUUUCCUGCAUGAAAAUCAAGCGUGCGUGACUGUGUCGAUGAUUUUACCAAGUGGCAAUGGGAUAACAACUUGCGGUGGCAAUUUAUCCUUCAGUGUCCUUGAACGAUACAUGCCAAACCCACUUGGAGGACUGAGUUGCCUCGUCCUCUUGAUGCUACUCUCGACACAUCUGUAAAAUUGUGUACGUUCGACGGGAUGCUGUGUUUAACGAGUGAAAUGACAUUCAACUGAAGAAUAUGACACUCUCCGACUUCCGCGAAGCAGUGACAGUUGUGAGAAUCAUCGUUAAAGAACAAAUUCACGAGUACUGUGGAAUAAAUUCACUUUCCGAUGAUGAACAAACUUCGUGUGUGUGAUCAAACUAAACAUAGCAAAUUAUUUUUGCUCAAUUAUUAGUGCUAACUUAUGAAUUUUUACGUCCAGGGCAUAAUGUCGGUAUCGAAAUGGCGAAGCGAUAUAUGUGGACUUCCAUAAACAGAAUUUGACUUGAAAAAUUCUAACUCUAAUUCGGUACAAAAAUUAUACUCCAUACAUUUUCGGACAUUUCUGGGAUUUUUUUUAUAGAAAUGAGAAUCUCUCAGUCGAAUUUUGGAGCGAUAUCUCCCAACGUGAGAGAGAUAAUGCAAUUUCUGUAAUUAUUUUAAUUAGCUGCAUAAAAAAAAUAAUUGAAAAAUUUUAUCUCCCUCAGAUUGCGAUAUUUAUCGAAAACUGGCCCAGUCAAAAUUUACUUAUCUCGUUUCACCAUUUCGCUACUAAUUUUUUGUUCACAAACUAGUUUAAUGUAAGGAAUUAUUUUAUGAACGUCAGAUUGUUAUAGUUUUUAUCGAAAUAUCACAAUCAUUCUUUGCUCUAUCGUAUCUCCAUAAUCUUACUGUAAAUAUUUG